AUGGCAUCCAUCGUCGCAAUAGCUGGAGGCACCGGCGAUCUCGGUCGUACCAUUGUCGAGGCUAUUUUGGCAGACCGAAAGUUCUCAGUCGUCAUCUUGAGCAGAGAGGCGAAUGACGACAGGGAGAAGGAAAUCGGGGCUCGUAUUCUGCCCGUUGAUUAUAGCAGUGCCGACGAUAUUGCUAGGGUCUUGGAAGAAAAUAAUGUGCAUACGGUCAUCUCCACCCUCAACAACAUGGCUUCUGUAGAGCCAGAGUUGAACUUGAUCGCUGCUGCCGAUCAGGCCGCGGCCACAAAACGAUAUGUUCCCAGCAUCUGGGGCGCCAAGUUCAGCAGAGAGUACGCGGAGGAGAUGCCAAUCAUUAAACCCAAGAUUCUCAUCAUUGACGCACUUGAAAAGACCAGCUUGGAGUUCUCCGCCUGGUACACAGGAUACUUCGCUGAUUACUAUGUUUGCCCGCCCCUGAAAAGCCAUAUCAAGAACAUGGCCAUGGUCGUGGACGUCGUCAACAACAAGGCAGGCAUCCCGGGUUCUGGAGACGUGCCCGUGGCCAUGACUUUCACAGCAGACUUGGCCAAGUUCGUCGCCGCAGCCCUGACCCUGCCAAAGUGGGAGCAGGAGGUGUAUCUUGUUGGCGAUAGGUUGGCGUGGAACCAGCUCGUCGAGCUCGCUGAAGCGGUCAAGGGUGUCAAGUUUGACGUAACUUACGAUACGAUUGAAACGCUGAGGACUGGAACAGUGACGAAACUGCCUCGCCAUAGGUCACCGUAUCCUUACAUCUCAGACGAGCAGCUACAGCCCAUGUUUGCCACUUUAGGCCUCAUGUUCGAACGGGGGGUAUUUGACGUGAAGGCCGAGACCUCAAUCACGCGAAACUUUCCUGACCUCAAAUUGAGGUCUAUGAAGGAGCUUCUAGAAGAGGCUUACAAGCUCGAAGGUUGA